CGUUUAAACACUCACCUGAGGUUGUAGUACUACUAUCCAGCCACAGUGCGCUGGUACUGUAUCUGCGUGAAUGCGCGCGCUGCUGCUGCGUUCUCGUGCACUCGUGCAGUAGUUCGGUUACCGCACGGCCUUCAUGCUGUUACCACACAGAUAUCAGUGCAUAUCGUCAGGAUUUUCCCUCUUUGAAGCAUAAAUGGCCUCCGGAGCCGAAAGAGCAGAGCCUGGAGACAGCGAUCAGGAUGAAGAAGAUGUUUAUGAAGUGGAGAGGAUUAUUGACAUGAAAGUGGAGGAGGGAGAGGUGCUGUAUCGGGUACGAUGGAAGAACUAUUCGUCGGACGACGACACCUGGGAGCCCGAGGCCCACCUGGAUGACUGCAGGGAAGUGCUACUGGCCUACAAGAGAAACCUGGCUGAGAUUAAGCUUAAGAAAGAAGCUGGCAUGAAGCUGCCUACAAAGAGUGAUUUGUUUGAUGCCGAAUCUGAAAGUGAGGGCGAAAAAGACAAACCCAUAGAAUCACCCACAAAGAAGAAGAAGAAGAAAAAGAAGAAAGUAGAUGAAUCUGAAGAUGAAAUGUCAGUGAAGGAAAAGAAGAAAAAGAAAAAAUGGAGGGAGGACAAACCUCUGCCAGCUCCAGAGUCUGAUGAAGAGGAGGAGAGGAGAGAUCCUUCCCCCACACCUCCUAAAAAAGAGCAGAAGAAGAGACUCAUUGAUUCUGAUGAAGAUGACACCCCAGUUUCCAUUAAGAAACCAAAGAAAGAUGAAGGAAAGUCAAAGAAAGACUUUAUAGAGGAUCACAAGAAAAAGAAAAUCAAGUCAAAGAAGGAGAUUGAGUCUUCAGACGAUGAAAGUGACAAGAGCGACGUGCCCUCUGAGUCCUACACGGACGAUACGACAAACACAGAACCCCGCAGCGAAUCCUCCAAAACCAUGACGGCCAAAGCCGUGGACAAACCUGCUCGAAGUGAGAGUGGGGGCGAUUCUAAGCACCUCAAGCAGAAAAAGGGGAAGUCUGAUACUAAGCUGCAAGGUUUUAAAGACCUGGUUCAGGAAAAGAAAGCUAAGAAACCAGAGCUUUCGGGGGCCACACUCAAAGAGAGUGGUUUAAACAAGCUUAAGAGUUUAACAAGUGGCAAGGGUAUGAGCAAGUCUUCUCGCAGUGAGGAGGAGCCAGACUCCAGCGACACAGGGGCGACGACGUCGACAUCCAAAACAAAGGUCAAAAGCAAAGGGCAGGAAGCUGCCCCACCUCCUCAAAGACUGUCAUCUGCGUCUUCUUCCUCUUCUUCUUCCACGUCAUCAACAGCCCCCUCUAAGCCCAAAGAGGAGGAGCCAAAAGAGGAAGGUGGGGAGAAGGGAGGUUCCUCAACCAACCUGUUUGAAAAGUUCCUGUUGAAUUGUGAGGCGAAAGAUCGUGCACCAAGAAGACCAGGAGAACAGAACAAGAGCGUGGCACCCAAGGCUUCAGGGAAAAAUGACAAGAAAACAAAAGUGUCAAAGCAAUCUCCUGCACGGAAACCAGAAUCGGAAAAGUCAGAGAAGGCAAAAGAGGUACCACGACCCGGUCAGAGUCCUGUCCCUAUGGAGACAGAUGAGAAAGGGGUGCCCGAGACAAGUGACAAAUUAGAUGAGCCGCCCCCCAAGUCAAAGGAGGAAUUACUACGGGAACAGAGAGAGGAAGAGCAAAGGAGAAGGAAGGAAAAGAUGGAAGAGGAGGAAAGAAGGAGGAAAGAACGGAUUGAAGAAGAGGAAAGGAGAAAGAAGGAAAAGAUAGAGGAAGCUCAGCGGGAAAGGAAAGCACGGUUGGAGGAGGCACAGAGACUUGCAGAGGAAGCCCGGCAAGAACGUCUGGAACGGAAGUCUGUGGCUGAGCCAAUUGCAUCUCCUGAUUCCACAGAAGACUCCAGAUGGAAAGACAAGAGAAGGAGAAGAAGGGAAGACAGUGAACCACGGGUCUUCACAGCCUGCGAUGACAAUCAGGACUCUCAGGAGCCCACGGAACGCUCGGACAAAACUCCUGACCGAGCGCCGCCUUCUCUUAAUCUCGGGGUGGAGCUAAAGUUGGACUGGAUGACACUGGAGGACUUUCAAAAACACUUGAAUGGAGAAGAUGAGAAUCUCUCUCCUUUAGCCUUAACUCCCUCUGAGCUGCGAGAAGCUGUGAAAAAUGGGAAUUACCUGGCUGUAAAACGUGCACUUAGUUCCAAGGAGGAAUACAGUCUGGACCAGGAGGAUUCUAGCGGUAUGUCCUUAAUGCUGCUGGCUGCUGCAGGCGGUCAGGAUGACAUCCUCAGGCUGCUCAUUAAGAAAGGUGUGAAGGUCAAUGCCAGGCAGAAAAACGGCACUACAGCCCUGAUGCAUGCUGCAGAAAAGAACUUCUUGACGACUGUGGCCAUUCUCCUGGAGGCAGGAGCUUCAGUAAAUGCCCAAACACUGGGUGGAGAGACGGCACUUAUGAAGGCUUGUAAGAGGGGCAAUGCAGAUAUAGUGCGCCUCCUGCUGGAAUAUGGGGCUGAUUGCAACAUCAUGUCUAAACACAAGAGCACUGCCUCUUACUAUGCCAAAGUUAGCAACAAUGUGAUCGUAAAUGAUCUCAUUAAAGACCACAUGCACACGUUGUCGACGGUGGCGGAGGAGACAAUCAGAGCUUACUUUGAAACACGGCUGGCCCUGCUGGAACCUGUAUUUCCUCUCGCUUGCCACAGACUCUGCGAGGGUCCAGACUUCUCACUGGAGUUUACCUAUAAACCCCCACCACACACACCAGGGGAAGGAUCUGGCAUUUUGCUUUUUAUCUUCCAUGCAAACUUUCUUAAUGAGAUCACGGCUAGACUGUGUGGGCCCUGUAGUGUCCACGCUGUUGUUCUGAAUGACAAGUUUCAACUACCCAUCUUUUUGGACAGCCAUUUCAUCUACUCUUUCAGUCCUGUUCAAGGAACCAACAAACUAUUUAUCCGUCUGGCAGAGUCACCAACAGCUAAGGUCAAACUCCUCAUUUGUGCGUACCGAGUCCAGCUACAGUGAAGCCUGUGAAGUAAAUCCUUCCAGGUCAGGGGUAUUCGCAGGAGCCCCACCUCUCCAAGAACUGAGACUUUUCCUACACUUGUAAACCGAUAGUGACAAUUUAAGUUUAGAAACUGAUCCGUUUUACUGUGUGGAAAGAAAAGACUGAAAGACUAUAAUGCUAACAGGUCUAUAACAAUCUCAGUGUGACUUUAACUGCUCUGUUAACUGUUUCAAGUGUUUAACAAGUUUUUUAAGGUUUUCUGAUUUUGUCCGGCACAUUUUGAAUUUCAGCUGCAUCACAUGUGAGGUCAGCAUAAAAUGUGACAUCUGGGCGUGUAUCUAAGGGUCAUUUGUAAAUCUUGUUUGUAAAGUGUUCUUUUAUUUUUCCUUUUUAAAUAGAAUAAUUUAUCACCUUAGAUUUACUCAUUCUGUUUUAAGUUCUGUGUGUUUAACCAGACUACACGUUCGUCCAAUGUGCUUAUGUCUGCAUUGCUUGUGCAGAAUGAGUGAACUGAAUAAAUGAAUGAAUGAGCUAGUGGGUGGAUGAAUGAAUGAGCAGUUUUUUGCCUCCCUGUUGCUUUGUUUGUGGGACCAUGACAAGACUGGACCUAAAUGUGACUUUACAUGCAGAAUAGGUUCUACAACCAUCCUAUCUUCCUUUUUUUCUUAAGAAUAAGUACAAAGUUCACACGCUAAAUUGGCAAAUUGAGGAAAUGUAUUAAUUUAUAUGAUUGGAUUAUAAUUUUAAGAGCUUAUGUUUUUUCCAUUAAAACUUAUUGGGGGUGAUUUGUAAAACAUAUAUUGCGGAUAAGUAAGGAACACGUGAGCCUUUUUCAUCUUUUUAACUUUGCAGAAUAUUUGUUUUAAGCAGAUUUCAUACAACAGAGUUUAGUCAUGACAAAACCUACAUUUCCAGCAUAUAAGCCCAUCUUCUUGUAUUACAGUUCAUGAGUGUACUAUUUACAAAUGUAUUUGACUAAAAAAUAGUUACAUUCAGAAUGUGUAGUUAUGUUUAUUUUGUUUGCUUUAGAAAGACCAUGGAUUGAACCAUGGCAAAGAUUUUUUUCCAUUCUACUGUUUUUCAUUCUCUUUGUCCCUUCACUGUAUUAUUGGUGAGAGAAAGACUGCUCAUUGAUUCAGUUCCUCUUUUGACUACGGUAAAUAAACUGUACAUAUAUUUCCAUAACAAUCAA